AAUCUGUACAUAAAGCGUCUGGAUAAAGCCGGCAGUUGCGGUGUCGCCUUAAACGAUUGCUUUCUCCUAUUCAACAGUUACAUUUGCCAUUUCAGUGCAUGUACGUUAGCAAACCAUGGCGCGAACGUUUAGGAUAGUUUCCCUGUUAGGACUGUUGUGUCUGGUCGGUGCGAACGAUUACGCGGAUUACAGCUGGCAGCCGCAUAACACAUACGGCGUUAUCCCCAACCAGGCCACCGGACCACCCGCUACCGCGCCACCGGCACCGGUCAGCGCACCACCGUCACCUACGCAACCCAGUGCCACCGGCGCGCCCAUACCUAAAGAACCCGAAGAUUACGCGGUGAAACCCGGGGAGUUCCCGUUCAUGGUCAGUCUCCGCGGGGAUUACGGGCAUUUUUGCGGCGGGGUCCUCCUGACGCCCACGCAUGUCCUGACCGCCGCCCGCUGCUUCGCAAAAUUCGCGACUCAAUGGAACAACCAGCUAACCGCGACGACCGGUAUCAUUUACCAGCCGGAGGUCUCACCGGCCAACACGGUGGGCAUCCAGCGCGUCAUCUAUCACGCUGAUUUCAACGAGUACGACAAUAACAUCGCUAUUCUCAAACUGGCCAACUCCACCACCGGGACACUCCCAGGAUCCACGCGGUCGCUCGGAUGGGGCGGUCAGGCAGUAGUUGGGCAGGCGCUGACCGCUGUGGGGUGGGGCAUCACCGGGCCCCAGGACUACCCGAUGCCCAGUGUGCCGUACCAGCUGUACAAGACGCAGUUGCGUCUGGCCAAACCGGAGGAGUGCAGCAGCGCCGAGGGCUUCGGGCGCGGUAUCGGGAAGCUGUGCGCUGUCAGCCACAACCUCACCGUCUGCAAAAAUGAUGUCGGCGGCCCACUGGUUGACGUAAGCCAGCCCAAACCCAAGAUUGUCGGCUUAGUAAGCCACGCAAUUCGAGGAUGUCCGGUUCCCGGUCCCGUGGUGUUGACAGAGGUACGACACUUUGCGGAUUGGAUCAACGGCGCCGUGGAGGCCGCCGAUACUCCACAGAAACCUUUUGCACAGGGCAAAUGUCUGGGUGAUUGUGGACAAACCGCGGCGAAAAAGCAGACAUAUAUGAUCGACUUUUAUUAUGGCCGAUAUGCUGCCGAAAUGAUCAAGAACAGUGGACAUCGUCUGGUAAAUGAGAAGAUUAUUCCAGUCGACUAUCCGGGCAACAGCGACGCGGCAGCCGACAGCCGUAGUGUGGAUGCCUUUGCCGAGGAUCCCGAGGACACGGUCGCCAACAGUCAGUCGGAUUCUCUGGGUCAGGUUUCUGCGCGGAUAAUAAAUGGCGUCGAUGCUGAGGACGGUUUCAACUUUAUCGUCAGUAUACGCCACAACAGCAAUCACGUGUGCGGGGGUUCGCUGCUGCCGGAUCUCCGGUCGGUCAUCACAGCCGCGCACUGCGUCCACGAGCGAUAUGGCGAUCGCGUACCAGCACGGGACCUUACGGUCGCCGUGGGCAUCCGCCGCCGCACCAACGUGCCACGCUCCAACAUCAUCGCCGUGCGGCAGGCCGUGGUGCAACCCGAUUACCACCGGCAACGCAUUCGCAACGACAUCGCUAUCCUGCGCUUGAGUGGCGGCGCCGCCGGCAAGGACAACGUCUCCAGCGUGAAACUUCCGCCGGCCAAUCGGGAACCGGACGUCGAAACGGUCCUGCACACCGCCGGCUGGGGGCAGACGCGCGAAGGACCGUACGGGUUAGCGUCGGACCAGUUGCUGCAGACUAUGUUGAAAGUGGUGGAUCGCAGGGUGUGCCAGCGGGCGCUGAAUGCCGGCAAGAUCCCACCAAGUCAGAUCUGCACGGAGAACGCCGAAUCAGGCACUUGUAAUGGCGACAGCGGUGGACCCUUGGUGAACCGAAGAAGUGACGGGGAUUACUUGGUCGGAAUAACCAGCUACGGAGUCACAGGGUGUCGUCGGGGGACAGCGGACGCUUUCACCAAGGUCAGCUACUUUACGGAGUGGAUCCAGCGGCGUAGCGGAUGGCGAAACACCUACCGGAAGUACGGCCGCACCCCGGACCAAGCGACGCACAACCCUUCGUCGACGGACGACCCCAGCACCGGUGGAAGACGAUGUGGAUGAGGAAGAGGUGGUAGAGAACGAGGAAGAUGAGGAAAGUAGCGACUGCGAAUGCGGUGAACUGGAGGACUGUUACCGCAGCGGCGCGAGAGUGAUCUGCGAUCUGCCCAGUAGACUGGAGGAAUGUUACGCAGAGCGGCUGCCGUGUGAUACGCCGUACGGUGAACUGCCGUG